AUGCGUUUCAACCUGUGCCCUGUUCCCGCCCUUUUGGCUUUGGCAGGUCGGUCCGCUGCUGACUGCUUGUCGUAUGGAUAUGAUUUCGUCAACCAAGGAGGACCUUACUGCAUCAACACGACUUCUACAGCAUAUUUCUCGUUUGGAACAGAAUUCUUUGGCUGCCAGCCAAGCGACGUCCAAGAUGCCGUUACGCCAAUUUUGGUCGAUCCAAAUAGCGACGAGUACUUCUGCUCCGACAUCGCCGUCCAGCCAGAUGGGGAAGAUAUGGUAUCCACAUGGUAUUUCAUUGUUCUCCAUGGGCAAGUCUGCUUCCUGACAGCAACUAGCAACGUCCCCGGGAACGAAGUGACGAAGAACAACAUGUUCUCUGGAGACUGGACAAUCGUCAUCGAAGGCCUGACAUUUGCCUGGAUGAGAUCGUUUUCCAUCAUUGCGGCACCACCAGUGGUCGUCACAACUACUCCAACUGCCACAUUCACAGUCACAUCAACCCCUUCUACCACCAUCACAACAACAAUCACCAACGUCUUUUCGACCACUGCAUCCCCUUCCACCGUCACAGUUCCUACCACGACCACGACAAGAACCAUAACCACCUCUCCCGCCCAAGUAACGGUAUAUUCGACGUCGACCAUCACACGAACACGUACCAGCAGAGUAUUUUCCAAAACCGUCUCGACCACUACUGUCACGACGUCAUGCAGAACACAGCCGCCAGCGAAAGAUCCUACGUGUACCAUUCGGCCUACGAAGGCUACACUUGCUGCAGCCAACGCAUCAAUCACGAUCCUCCCACGAAUGCGUCAAUUCGAGCGACCUGGCAGGAACGGGAAUAGGCGAGCUAAUGAACGGAGAGAUGACACGCCAAUCGAUAGUGGCCCAGGUACAUUGCAACUCAAAUUUGUCUCAGCAACGACCGCGCUGACCGCUUCCGUAGAUCAAUGUACCACAACUGUCGCCGAUACUGCCAAUGCUAUUUCUUCAUACACUACAGUUACAGCCCCGACAAGUACUGAAAUUGAUACUGAAAACGCAACAACGACAACCACUGUGUAA